CUUGAGCGCGACACGCCUCACCAGACUCUGGCAGACUGCACGUCCCCGCCUCCGCUCCCGUCCUCCGUUCUUGAGGAUAAUCACAGCGAACAGCAGCGCGACACUGUCUGACUCUGCCUGAGAACCGCGGCCCGAUCUAGAUCGCUCAGCUAUAUCAAUUGCCAGCUGCGAGCGCGAACAUAAAAGUGACUCAGGCUCGUCUUGGACGCAGAGUCCAGAUAUUCAACGCCGAAAUACCCCUGCCCCACACAUCGACCUCAUGUCAAAUAACACUGAGAGCGAUAGCAGCCAGGCCUCGGGCUCGAAGUCGAGGCUCCCUGCGAGACCUCGCGGAGCCUGCGUGCACUGUAAAGCGCUCAAGAUCCGCUGUGAAAUCAUCCCGAACGAGAAUAUCUGUGUUCGGUGUAAAGCCAAUGACUUUGACUGCGUCUCCUACGGCCGCAAGAAGCGUCGCCCAGCCCCCUCCCAUGAAGAUUUGCAACAGCGCUCGCGCUCACAGGACGUCCACAUCCAGGCGCUCCUCCGCAAGCUCGACGAGAUGAAGUCGCUCACCAAGGUGCGGUACUGUGUCGCGCAGGCGCAACAGGAGACGGAGGUCCUCCGCUCAGGCACAGGAGGAUGCUCGUCGCCGAAUAUCAGCGGGUGGAAGGCGAGUGCAGACCGUGAGCCACGGGUGAAUGGGUGGCGAGCAGAGGGGAAUAAGGCUCCCGAGACGACUGUGCCAAGGUCAUUGACACCCCCACCAUCAGCGAUGAACCCGAAGUGGCCCCCUAUACUCCGAUGUGGGCUGUUUGGCCCGCAAGAGGUCACAGAUCUCUUCAAGUUAUUUUAUUCCAGGUUACACCCAUCCUUCACCGUCCUUGAUCCCGCCCUCCAUACCCCACAAUACCUCAUCUCCAAAUCCACCCUCCUCUUCACUAAAGUCCUCUCCCUUACCUCCCGCCAUUGGACACAUCGUCCGAAACUACAUCAGCUCGCCGCAACAUUCGCACACGAAGCAGCGACAGAGGCAGUCCGCGAGGGCUACUACACCAUCGAGACCUGCCAGGCAUUCAUGCUCUCAGCAGGCUUCCCCGCGCCCCGGGAACGCUUCUCCGAGCACCGCGCCUGGCUGCUCGUCGGGAUCGCCAUCCGGAUCUCGCAAGACCUCAAGCUCAACGAGCCGCCCCCCGCGAAUCUGCCGGAGCGCGAGCGGCUGGACCGGAUCCGGACGUGGUUCCAGGUGGUGUGCAUCGACGCGUCGACGUCCGUGCAGCAGGGCAAGGCGCCCUUCCUGCAGGGCUCGGACUACGUCGCGCGCGCGCUCUCGUCGUGGUACCGCUGCUCGCCGCUCAACUCGCCGUACGACCUCUACCUCUGCGCGUUCACGGACCUCGCCCUCCUCGUCGCGCGUCUUUGGAAGGCGAUUGGCGCGGAUAGGUUUGACCCGGAUUUGGUGCAGGGCGUGGAUGUGAUUGGGACGGUCCUGGAGUAUCACCAGAAGAUUGUGGAGAAGUACGCGGAGUGGAGAGAGCGCGAGGCGCAGCACUCUAAAGACCCAUUGCCGGCGGCGCAGCCUCAACAUGGAAUGCGUUUGAAGCUGAUUGCGAACGCGAUGAGACUCAUUGUCCUCGGCGCUGGCUUCCAGUGGUCUGUGAAACACGGAAAGGAAAUAAAUCCUGAGAUUCUUAGUCUAUCGAUCGAGACUGCAUUGACAUGUACCGGAGUACACAUUGACGAACUAUACCCGGCCGGUGUCCUUCGCACCCUGAUUGAGCCACAUUUCCUCUAUGUAACAUAUGCCGCAGCUUUCCUCGUUAAUCUCCUUAAGCGGGAUUACUCCUCCCUGCUCGAGCCGCACGUUCGGACUACCAUCGUCUCGAACGUGCGCACGCUCAUCAACAUCUAUCUCUCCAAGGAGGUUGCGCUCGACCGCGCGCACGCGCCCGCCGUAUACGGGCGCUUCCUCUCCGCGCACCUCGACCGCAUCGUCGAAGGGCAGAACAUCGCGCCCGCGCCGCAACGCGGGCCGGAGGAGGUGGCCUUACCCCCGGACAUCUGGGACAUCUCCGUCCCGUACGACCUCGGCGUGCCCAUGGGCGGCGGGCCACAGCAGGCGGUGCCCUACAUGAACGGCGGCGCGGGCGGCGACCUCAUGGUCGGCUCGGACUUUGGGUUCGAGCAGUUCGUGACCGGGAUCAACGCGAUGGGCGACUUCCCCCAGGGAUUUGCGGACCCCGCAGCGUUCAUGCCCGCGAUGUCGGUCAACCCGCUCGACGAGCAGACGUGGUGGAGCGGCUCGGUAGCGUGCCCGCCCCAGUUUGACCAGACGGCCCUCGACUUGGCGACGUUUGCGAUGGACGAGGCGUAUUUGCAGGCUGGGUGGUGAUCGAUUCUGUUGUGUGCUGUCGAUGUAUGUGUCUCAGGAGCUAUCUGUAUCUGUUGCUUUGUGUAGCAUAUUCUUGCCCUCGAACCUGCUGUGUUGCUCUAUAUACUAUAUACGCCAUGAUCAUUAUAUGCGACCAUC